AUGAUUUUCAUACUUUUUAUCUGUUUUUAUCUUAAUAAUCAAGUAUUGGCAUCGUUAAUCUUUUGUCCCGUAACAACGACAACAACAGUAACAUCAACACGUUAUAGUAUGACACUUUCUUCUCCUGGAAUAAUGUCCUAUUCAGGAACUUUACUUUUAUCAUCGAAUGGAAAUUUUAUUGCUCUUAUUACAAUACCUGAUAGUGGUAGUCCACAAAGUGCUAUUCAAGGUACAUGGUCAUCUUCUGCAUGUGCAACUUCAAUGACAUUAAAUGCACACAAUCUUUAUUUUCUUGAUCUACCAAAAUUAUCUAUCAACAAUUUAACAUGUACCUAUACAUGUGGUACGAACAGUGAUGUACUAAGAACGUGUACAGUAGUUUAUAAACUCAAACGAUUACAAGCCACUGGAACAUAUUCAGUUAUAUUAGAUCUUUCAAUCCCAAAAGAAACAAACGACUAG